ACUAUAUAACUAAAUAUUAAUCAAAUAAAAUUCUUAAUUUUAUAAUUAAAAAUAGAAUAUGAAAAUAAGCCCAUGUUAAGAUCUGGUAGGCAAAAAAGUACAUUGAGCUCUGUGUGUUUGUGGUUCUGUUUAAUUCUUAAUUUUAUAAUUCUGGUAGGCAAAAAAGUACAUGGACUUAAUCAAAUAAAAUUCUUAAUUUUAUAAUUAAAAAUAGUAACAAUGAUUGAUUGUGUCUCUGUGUGUUUGUGGUUCUGUUUUCAUAUUGAGAGGUGAGAGUCUCAUAGGAAACGUUACAAUGUUCCACUGUGUAUUUUUGGUUACUCUCCCAUUUGUAUUGUAAGUUUGGUUCUGUUUUCAUAUUGACGUUGUCUCAUACGAGACGUUACAGUUAUUGAAUGUGGGCCUUUGUGUGUGUUUAUGUUUGCAGAUGGAAGGCCUGACUGUCAUGUUCCAGUCUGCUAUGUUCACUAUGUUUUCUAAAACUUGUUAUUUCUUAGACUUUGAUAUGUUUGAAUCUUUGUUAUGUUUGAGUUUAUGACUUUGUUUUGUUUGGGUUUAUGACGUUGUUAUUGUUGUGUUUGAGUUUAUCAUGCUGAUAUGAUAACAGUUAUAUUAUAACUUUAAAAAAAUUUAUUAUGCUUUAUGCUUUUAUGCAAUAAUUUUGAAGUUUUGUUACUUAUAGAUUGAUUUUAUUAAAUUAAGUUAAGCACAAAUAUAUAAAUUAGUGCAAAUAAAUAAUUUACAUAUCUUAUAAAAUUAAAAAUAUAAAAAUCAUUGUGAAAAAUAUUAAUAUGAAACAUAUAAAUUAACUAAACAUAAAUAAAUAAUUUACAAAAAAAAAUUUACUUUAAAACUAUACAAAUUGGACAUGGUCUUUAUUGGGUGUCCAUAGACUUAUCCAUUGGACAUGAUCUUUAUUAGGUUUGGGCGUUUUUGUGGACCAUUGUCCAAUAUGGACCGUCCAUUAAUGUCUAAAACAGAAAUAAUCCAAUUGGUCAUGCUCAAAUGAGCUCUGGAUGACCCAUUUGACAGUUCUAUCCGUAAAAGGCAAGAGUAUAAAUGAAAUUGAAGGCAAGUGGUUACUCUUUUAUCCUCGAUCAUCAACUUUGUUAAUGCAUUUUUUGACACAAGACACAAUAUUAUCUCUUUUUAAAUCAAUGGAUUAUUUUUACAAAAGAAAAAAAGAACCAUCAUUGAAUUAAUCUAGUGGUAAGAGAUUGCGGAUGUAAUUAUCGUUACUUGAGUUUAAUUUAUGCUGGGAGAAACUAUUUACAUUCUUUGGAUUUUCGGCAAAGAAGUAAUACUUUUUUUUUUACAUCAGAAAAAAAAAAUAUAGAUAUGUGCCUUGGUGGACAUAAUUGCCACAUAAUGAUGAGAGGUAUCGUAUUAAUUGAAAAUUGAAAAGUUUGUUGCCAACACCUAUGCAGAUUCCGAACACGAUAUCAACUUUCAAUUUUUUCUUUACGUUUUUUGCUUCUCUUUCUCAAAGUAAUACGACAGUAUCAUAAAUACGGUGAUCUGGAUACAACGAUUUCUAUCUUCCAUUACUACUAGCAUAAUGAUUGAUUGGUCUGCGCCAAAAUAGCUGUAUAGGAAUUUAUAGAAAUUAAGCCUGACUGUAUAAUAUAUUACAGAAACUUUUUGAAGCUGUAUACUCCCUCUGUUAACUUAUAUUAAGAAUAUAAUAAAUUAUUAUAAUUAAAUUUAUUAUUAAGAAUAUAGUUUCGAAUUUUUUUUUCUAGAGUAUUAACUUAUAUUAAGAAUAUAAUGAAUAUUUACAAUUAAAUUUAUUAUUUAGUUUUACUAUAUAUUUUUCAAUAACUAUCAACUAAUUAUUUGAUUAAUCUAAAUAUUCUCAAUUUUACAAAAUACCUUAAAAUAUAGUAUAAAAUUAACUUUGUAAAACAAGAAAAAAUCUUACUUUCGAAAACCGGAGGGAGUAUGUUAUUUCUAGUGAUUAUCUCAUUGUAUACUUACACCUUAUAAAAUUUUCAGUUAAGAUUUAUAUUUAUUAAGAUGUGAGAAAAAUAAAACUAUAUUUCAUAACUAGUAUUACUUUGUAUGUGUGUGAGAGAGACACAUAGAGAUGUAAUCAUGUAAACAUUAUAGAAAAUACAUGCAGUAAUACCUUGGGAAACAAAUUGAAGGGAGAUAAUAACAUGAAAAAAAAAACUGAAUAGUUUAUAGCUAUUCAAGUUUUAGCUCAUCCACGUUAUAUAUAUCGUUGCUAAACGCUAAUCAGGUGCUAGAAUCAGACCUAGUGCCUUACCGAUUGUUUGGUGACUAAUUAGGAGUUAAGCCGAGAUUUAUUUUACUAAUACAUGCUUAUAUAUCCUAGCAAUUUUAAACAAAAACCACUAAUAUAUCAGGUGGUUCUAGACCUAAAUUUAUUCCACGAAGUUGGGAGUUAGAUAACCAUUACUUUCACGAGUUAUUACCUUAGGGUCACUAGUCUGAAUUUUAUUUUACACUGUACACUCAACUUGUACACAGCCAUAUUUUCUUUUGUGGCAGCAUAGUAAUCAAUUUCAUAAAUAUCGCGAGAUCGCAAGUGACACGUAAUUUUUCCACGUGGAAGAAUCUAAAGUUCUCGCCUUCUCAUGGUGGAGUCUUAUAAAGUAUAGCAAAAUCGUUCGCAGAUCACUCACAUUCAUAUCCAUCUUUCAUCUCUCCUUGGCACACUGAGAAAAGAAAUGGCAUCUCAUGCAGUUUCUAACGGACAAAAACCACACGUCGUUUGCGUGCCUUUCCCUGCUCAAGGCCACACCAACCCGAUGAUGAAAGUGGCUAAACUCCUCCACGCCAAAGGCUUCCACGUCACCUUCGUAAACAACGUUUACAACCACAACCGUCUCCUCCGGUCACUUGGUGCCAACGCGCUCGACGGUGUUCCUUCGUUCCGGUUCGAGUCUAUCCCUGACGGUCUACAGGAGACUGAUGGGGAUAAGAUGCAGGAUGUCCCUUCUCUUUGCGACUCCACCAUGAAGAACUGUCUAGCUCCGUUCAAGGAACUUCUUCAGCGGAUCAACGCUCGAGAUGAUGUUCCUCCCGUUAGCUGUAUUGUGUCGGACGGUCUGAUGACUUUCACUCUUGACGCUGCGGAGGAGCUCGAUGUCCCGAAUGUUAUUUUCUGGACCACAAGCGCUUGUGGCUUCUUGGCUUAUCUAUACUUCGACCGUUUGGUCGAAAAGGGGCUAUGUCCAAUAAAAGAUGAGAAUUGCUUAGACACAGAAAUAGAUUGGAUCCCAACGAUGAAAAACCUAAGACUAAAGGACAUCCCAAGCUUCAUCCGUGCGACUAGUCGUGACGACAUAAUGCUCAAUUUUUUUCUUCAUGAGGUUGACCGAGUCAAACGUGCUUCGGCUAUCAUUCUCAACACAUUCGAUGAUCUCGAGCAUGACACCAUACAAGCUAUACAAUAUAUUACACCUCCUGUGUACUCUAUUGGACCGCUCCAUCUAAUAGUGAACCGGGAUAUUGAUAAAGAUAGCGAGAUCGGACGCAUGGGGUCGAAUCUUUGGAGAGAAGAUACAAAGUGUGUGGACUGGCUCGAUACUAAGGCUCCUAAUAGCGUUGUUUACGUUAACUUCGGUAGCAUAACCGUGAUGAGCGCUAAACACCUCGUGGAGUUUGCUUGGGGCUUAGCCGCAACAGGGAAAGAUUUCUUGUGGGUGAUCAGACCGGACUUAGUUGAUGGUAAACUGGCUGUUGUUCCGCCAGAGUUUUUGACGGAGACGGCGGAUAGGAGGAUGAUAGCGACUUGGUGUCCUCAGGAGAAAGUUCUGUCUCAUCCGGCGAUAGGAGGGUUUUUAACGCAUAGUGGAUGGAACUCGACUUUGGAGAGUCUUUGCUGUGGAGUUCCGAUGGUGUGUUGGCCGUUCUUUGCUGAGCAACAAACGAACUGUAAGUUCUGUCGCGAUGAGUGGGAGGUUGGGAUGGAGAUUGGUGGAGAUGUGAAGAGGGAGGAGGUUGACGCGGUGGUUAGAGAGCUGAUGGAUGGAGAGAAAGGAAAGAAAAUGAGGGAGAAGGCGGAGAAGUGGCGGCUCUUGGCGGAGGAAGCGACUGAGCCUAAGCGUGGUUCGUCGGAGUUAAACUUCGAGACAGUUGUUGACAAGGUUCUCUUAGGGCGUGGCUAGAGCGAGCCACCGAGCUAGCCUUUCAUCUAAAUCGAAGGAAGAUUUGGUUUAAUUUCUUCUACAGUUGCUUGUCAACUAAGCUUGACAUUUAUAUAUGUAAUACUUAUUUAAAAAAUAAUAUGGCUUUGGUGACACUUAUGUAAUACUUAUUUAAAAAAUAAUAUGGCCUUGGUCAUUUGCUUUUGUAAGCACAUCUCUAAUAAGAUUUUAUUAUUGUUUAUAAAUUUUA